CUCGACCCCCUCCAUCGAAACGUACAACUCCCACAGGAAGAUAAAGCGGCCCAAGCUCGGCGAUAGGAAGGUGUACCGGCCGGUCCGGAGGCACACUCUGUCCAGGAUAGACGAGACCCCGCCUCAGAGCCGGCCUCGGUCUAAAAGCCUCCAGCACUCGAUGGACUUCUCGUCCACGCGGCCUAUGAUUCGAUCGCAUACGCACGUGUCGGCCGACAGCAGCCGCAGCAUGCCCGUGUGCGACCAGAGCCAGCUGAGCCAGCUGAGCCGGGAAGUAGCUCUCCACGAGGGCACUAGUCCGCAGUACGCUGAACUCAGGGGCUACGAUUCUGGCUCGUCUGACGAAAGGCCGGCCUCAAUGAUGGACCUACCCAUAAUGGUUCCGUUAGAUCCCGCCACGGGAGCGUACAUCCCCUAUCCCGAGUACGCCUACUACCACGACGACUCCUGUCGCCUGAGUCGGAACUGGACCAGGAAUCAGUCUUCCAAAAAUAAUAAUUUGUUCCUAGCAUUCAUGUAUUAGCGCGGAUGUGUGCACGGAGUCAUAAUAUAACAA